GACGGAAUAAUUACAGUCUGGAACUCUGAGGAGUGGGGGCCGUUGGGGCUUGUAGGCCCCAACGCCCUGUAUUGCUUGUUCUUCCCCGCCUGCAAUUUUAAGCCUCGACGGUCAUACGGGACGAAUCGAAUUUGCCAUUUUGCUUGGCAAUCAGCAUUUGGCAGAGCUCGUUGAUCUCUUUUAUUGGGCGUGCUUCAGCCAGAUUUUGUUUGAUCAUCAGAUUCAUCGGCCGAGAUUUUUGGGAGUUUUUCCUUCCCCAUUCUCUAGAAACGGAGAACUUGGGGGAGGGUAUAAUCUGGAGUACUUCGAAGAAAUGAGAUUUAAGAAAUUGUGAAAAUGGUCGUGAAAAGUCUUGGUAAGUAUGAGAUUGGCAGAACAAUUGGUGAAGGAACCUUUGCAAAGGUUAAAUUCGCGCAGAAUACAGAGAAUGGGGCGAGUGUUGCAGUGAAAGUUUUGGCCAAAAGUACUAUCCUUAAGCACAAGAUGGUGGAUCAGAUUAAGAGGGAAAUAUCGAUAAUGAAGAUUGUUAGGCAUCCUAACAUAAUCGGGUUACAUGAGGUUUUGGCCAGCCGGACAAAGAUAUAUAUCAUUUUAGAAUUUGUCACUGGUGGAGAACUAUUUGAUAAAAUAGUUCACCAAGGAAGGCUCCCUGAGAAUGAAUCACGGCGAUACUUUCAACAGCUUAUAGAUGCAGUUGAUUACUGCCACAGUAAGGGUGUGUACCACAGAGAUUUGAAGCCUGAAAAUCUUCUUCUUGAUUCCCAAGGGAACUUGAAAAUUUCUGACUUUGGACUCAGUGCAUUGCCUCAACAAGGUGUUGGGCUUCUUCAUACACCAUGUGGAACCCCAAAUUAUGUUGCACCAGAGGUGCUCAGCCACCAGGGUUAUGAUGGUUCUGCUGCGGAUGUCUGGUCAUGUGGGGUCAUCCUCUUUGUUCUGAUGGCUGGAUACCUUCCAUUUGAAGAGAUUGACCUUCCAAAUUUAUACAGAAAGAUCAAUGCAGCAGAGUUUUUCUGUCCACCAUGGUUCUCACCUGGAGUGACUUCACUGAUAAAAAGAAUUCUAGAUCCCAAUCCUAAAACUCGUAUUCAAAUUAAGGGAAUAAAGAAUGAUCCAUGGUUCAAGAAAAGCUAUGUUGUUGUUAAACAUGCAGAAGAUGAAACAGUAAACCUGGAUGAUGUUCGAGCAGUAUUUGACGACGUUGAGGAUAAAUUUGUUUCUGAGCAGUCAGAAGGCAAUGAAAGGGGUCCUUUGAUGAUGAAUGCAUUUGAGAUGAUUACCCUUUCCCAAGGAUUGAAUCUAUCAGCAUUGUUCGACAGGCGCCAGGACUAUGUAAAACGACAAACUCGUUUUGUUUCUCGUAAACCAGCGAAAGUCAUUAUAUCAACUAUUGAAGCUGUCGGAGAAUCCAUGGGUCUCAAGGUCCAUACGCGUAACUACAAGGUGAGACUUGAAGGAGUAUCUGCAAAUAAAAGAGGACAGUUUGCUGGUGCCCUAGAGGUUUAUGAAGUCGCUCCUUCCCUCUUCAUGGUUGAUGUUCGAAAGGCUGCUGGUGAUACACUUGAAUAUCACAAGUACAGAAGAGUUAAUGCACAGCUUCAUAUUAUUAAAGAUGAGUUGCUAAAAAGUGGUUCAAUUUAUCCAAGGCAAAGUUCACCUUUCCUUGCUUGCACCCAAGAGCACAGCAUCACUCAGGCAUUGCCUUUCUAUUAAAGCACGUGUGUAGAGCAAGGCAAGAGAGGCCCAGUUCUACAAGAAUUUCUGUAGCAAACUCGAACAUAUUAUCUGGAGAGCAACAGAUGAAGCUGCAAAAUCCGGUUUACUAAUAACUUGUCGUUGAUACAGUGAUUCAUGCGGGGUGAUGCAAAUGAAGUAAGCAGGCUGAGCCUAUUCAACCUACUUAACCUCAGCCACAGUCAGAAAGAUGUUUGUGUACCACUAAAAGGAGUCUUGGCAAUCCUCAAUGUAUUCUAUAUGUGUAUAUAUGGCUUGUAGAUCUGUGUGUUUCAUACCUGUUUGGCUGUAAAAAUGAUGUUGACAUAAUGUUAUUUAAAAUCUAUUGGCUCCUAA